AUGGCUAUCACUGUCUUACUUAAUAAGAAUAAUUUCCCAUUCAUCGCUAACAAAUGGGAGGAAUUCCAAAAGACCCAUCCAGAAAUCACCUUGAUUGAGGACACUUCCGCCAAUUUCCAAGAAUUCGAAUCAAAGAUCGCUAACAACACCGAUGAUAUCACCUCUGUUUCCCUCAUCGCUGGUGUGAAGAAUGACUAUAACCUCGAUGCUAAAAUCUUCGACGCUCUCCCAAACCUUAAGGCUGUGUGCUUCUGUUCAGCUGGUUAUAACCAAAUCGACUUUGCCGAGGCCACCAAGAGAAAGAUCCAAGUGGCCAGAGUCUAUGAUCUCGACACCUCCACCGCAGACACUAACUUGUUUUUGCUUUUGGGUGCCAUGAGAUUCUACCAAGAAAGUAUCAAAGAUUUGUACAUCCAUCACAAGUUCCAAAAUCCAUCCAAGGUUGGAAUUGCUCCAAACGGUCUUACUCUUGGGGUUGUGGGGCUCGGUGCCAUUGGCCAGGCCGUGGUCAGACGUUGUCUUCCAUUAGGUUUCGAAAAAAUCAUUUACUACAACCGUCGUCAAGUGGCUCCAGAACUUGAAAAAGAAUUGGGGGUUACUUACGUUUCCAGUAUCGAUGAAUUAGUAUCGCAAUCAGAUGUCGUUGACUUGAACUGUGCUUUGACUCCUGAAACUUACCACUUGAUCAAUGAGGAACGUAUUCUUAAGAUGAAGGACGAAGUUAUUAUUGUUAACACUGCCCGUGGUGAUGUCAUUGAUGAAACUGCAUUGAUCAAGUAUCUUAAGAAUGGUAAAAUCUUGUCUGCUGGGUUGGAUGUGUUCCACAAUGAACCAAACAUCAACUAUGAAUUGGUCGAAUUAGAUAACGUCAUUGCUUUGCCUCAUGUUGGAAGUUUCUCCAAGGCCACUAGAAUCAAUGCCCAAUUGACAGUUCUCAAGAAUGUUGAAAAUUAUUUGUCUACUGGUAAAUUGAUUUCCUUCAUUGGUGAACAAAGAGGAUUAUUUGAUUAA